CUGCCGAAGGAAGUGGCGUGGCGUCACUUCCGGCCUCCCUCUAGCUGCCAUCUUGCGUCCCCGCGUGUGUGCACCUAUCGUGAGCUGGUGUGCCCGAGACCCCCCUUGAGCAUCCACCCUCAGUUCCCCCGCGCGGCCCCAUUUCCGCUCCGACAAGAUGAAAGAAACUAUUAUGAACCAGGAGAAGCUGGCCAAACUGCAGGCACAAGUGCGCAUUGGUGGGAAAGGAACUGCUCGUAGAAAGAAGAAGGUGGUUCAUAGAACAGCUACAGCAGAUGAUAAAAAACUUCAGUUCUCCUUAAAGAAGUUAGGAGUAAACAAUAUCUCUGGUAUCGAAGAGGUGAAUAUGUUUACAAACCAAGGAACAGUGAUCCACUUUAACAACCCGAAAGUCCAGGCAUCUCUGGCAGCAAACACUUUCACCAUUACAGGCCAUGCUGAGACAAAGCAGCUGACAGAAAUGCUUCCCAGCAUCCUAAACCAGCUUGGUGCAGACAGUCUGACUAGUUUAAGGAGACUGGCUGAAGCUCUGCCCAAGCAAUCUGUGGAUGGAAAAGCACCACUUGCUGCUGGAGAGGAGGACGAUGAUGAAGUUCCAGAUCUCGUGGAGAAUUUUGAUGAGGCUUCUAAGAAUGAGGCAAACUGAACUGAGGCAACUUCAGAAGAAGAAAAACUUGAAGGGGUUAUUGGGAGCUGCUGUUUUAUAUUAUGACUGCUUUUUAAGAUUCUUUUGUUCAUGGAUCUGAUAAAAUCUAGAUCUCCAAUAUUUUUAAGCUGAAGCCCCUUGGACACUGCAGUUCUUUUCAGUUUUUGCUUAUAUACAAUUCAUUCCUUGCAGCUAGUUAAGCUGUAGAAGCCUGGGAAUAAAGUUUGAAACAUGAAUAAACGUCUUUGCCUAGUA